AUGGCCGGAGCUUGCUGCAAGUGUCCCGCCUCGCUCUCCGUGCUCAGGCGCUCCCUCUCGGUCGCGCCGCGGGGCGGCGGGUCUGCUCCUCGGUCCCUGCUCCUGGGCUGGAGGGUGGGCGAGCGGGGCCUGCAGGAGGCCUGCCGACCCUCCAGCGCCUUCCGACCCCCGGGCUACUGCCGACAUAAGAGCCUCCUCUGUGUCUCCUACCAGGGGUCCAUGAGCGAGAGUCUGCGGACCUGCUACCUGUACCUGAACCAGACCAGCCGCAGCUUCGCAGCUGUGAUCCAGGCGCUGGACGGGGAGCUGAGACACGCCGUGUGUAUCUUCUACCUGGUGCUGCGAGCGCUGGACACGGUGGAGGACGACAUGACCAUCCCUCUGGACAAGAAGGUGCCCAUGCUGAACGACUUCCACACCUACCUGUACCAGGACGCGUGGUGCUUCACCGAGAGCCAGGAGAAAGACCGGCAGGUCCUGGCCGAUUUCCCCACGAUAUCACUGGAAUUCAGAAACCUCGCUCAGGAGUACAGAGACGUCAUCUCGGACAUCUGCCACCGUAUGGGAGGUGGGAUGGCCGAGUUCCUGGAGAAGAAAGUGGGAUCCAUGAAGGAGUGGGACUUGUAUUGCCAUUACGUGGCGGGGCUGGUGGGCGUCGGCCUGUCUCAGCUCUUCUCCGCGUCCCAGCUGGAGGACCCCGAGGUGGGCCGUGACACUGAGCUGGCCAACUCCAUGGGCCUGUUCCUCCAGAAGACAAACAUCAUCCGGGACUAUCUGGAGGACACGCAAGUGGCACGUGCCUUUUGGCCACAAGAGGCCUGGAGUCAGUUCGCGGGCCGCCUGGAGGACCUGGCCCAUCCGGAGAAGCUGGAGUCGGCUCUCUCCUGUCUCAACCUGCUGGUCACCGACGCUCUGAGACACGUUCCGGACGUCAUCACCUACCUGUCCCGCCUGCGCAACCAGAGCGUCUUCAACUUCUGUGCCAUUCCGCAGGUGAUGGCGAUAGCGACACUGUCCUCAUGCUACAACAACCCCAUGGUGUUCAAGGGAGUGGUGAAGAUCAGGAAGGGACAAGCCGUCACACUCAUGAUGGAAGCCACCAACAUGAGCGCCGUGCAGACCAUCAUCUCCCAGUACAGCCAGGAGAUUUUACAGAAGGUCUCCCAGGCGGACCCGACGCGGGACAAAACCCUGCACGUCCUGGCCGUGAUCAAAGAGAAGUCGUCCCCGUCCCCGUCCAGCCUGCCCGCCAGGGCCCACAUGUCCCCCAUGUACCUGUCUGCCGCCAUGCUGCUCGCCGCUCUCAGCUGGCAGUACCUCAGCACCACCGCGGCACAGGCUCAGGGCACGGGCGACGUGCACGGACAGUGAAUACCCCCCCCACCACGCCCCUCCUCUGACUGCGUUCCUCUUCAUCACAGCCGUCACAGGACCAUGGACAUGUGUUAAGCACCACAUGAGGAAAAAAUGUGACGACGUUGAAUGUCACAAAGGAGACAAUGCUCCUGAGGGAUGAACAGAUAUCAGCUCCGCUGCUUUCACAACACGGCUAAGAGGCAACAGGAAAUAUGAAACGGAAAAUAUGGACGCUGACCUUUUUUUAGAUUUUUCUAAAAUAUCAUAUUAUUUUGAGAUAUAACACUGUGCAGCCCAUAAAACGGAGGUGUCCCAGAGUGCAGGAGUCUUUAGGUUGAUUGAUACUGAUCUCUACUAGUCCAUGAUGCAUCUCGGUAAAUAAUUGUCAUUGAUGUACGGUUAUAUUCACCAGCACAAAUAGCACUUAUAUUGCAACAAUUUAGUGCGUUUUGCUUUUUCAUGUUGAUGUUGAUUGUGUUAUAUUGUCAAUUUUUUCUUUUGUUGAACUUUCUAAUUGAGGGAAAUGAUUUGUCAUCAUUCAACAUUUCGAAACAAAAGGUUUGAUUCUAUUCACGGUGAAAUGCACCCUACUGCCCGCUUUAAGAAUUUGGUGAACACAUCAAGGUUUUGUUUGUUUUUGGGUGAUAUCUAAGCUACUUAAAUCUAUUGCACUCACAUGAAAGAACAUGCCAUGGAGAGCAUCCUUCAUAUCAACA